CAUACCCCCCCCCCAAAAAAAGAGAAAAGGAAAAAAGAUAUAAAUAACACAUGAACAAUUUGAAGUGCAAUGGUUGUUGGUGUGCAAAAACCUGUGUACUGAUAUUGAUCUUUAUUGCACACAACAAGGGUAUAUUAUCAGGAAAUUGUUAUUGCACAUAGUGAGUCCCUGGUAUGUCUGUGUUUGUUCGAGAAAAAGUUUGGCAGAGUUUAAGUCUGACGGUUUCAGAGAAGAAGCUGUUUCUCACAUUUGUUAUCAGUGGUUGUAGUGGGGAAAGUGGAAGUCACCACCUAAGAGAAGCCCUGGCAACUGUGAAAUUAGUUUUUUUUUGUUUGCAUCCUUCAGGAAAAAAACCAGAAAGAGCGAAGCAGCAGCAGCACCCUCUCCAAAUGAUGUGACACAAGCUCAUAUUAAUGUCAACUAAGAGUUAUUCCACUUUCAGUUCAAAGCUUAACAACUCUCACUGAGUAACUCUAUCCGUUAUUGUUGGACCAGGUGAGGUUAGCUAUGCAUUUUGAGAAAUGUUAUUCUGCCUGAGGAAAUAGCAUUAUAAAAUACCAUAAUGAUACUCCUACUUUAUUAAAACAAGCCAUUAAAGGUAGGCCCUUCUAUGGUUAUGGAUCAGCCUACCUGAUGUGAACCCGAAUGGUUGUCUGUUUAUUAGAUUUCAGUGCAAAUGACAGUUUUCCAUAACAAACACCACAUUCAGAUGCCCACAAGUGACACCAAGACAACCACAGGUUGAUCAGCUUUGUAAUUAUAUUAUCAGAUACGCCUUAUGUUCUGGACACUCGGGAGAAGAGAGGUGGUGUGCUGCCAACUAAUCGUUACUUGGUUAUGAGCUGGAUCAGAUGGCGUGGGAGGAUGCUGGACCUUUUGGGUGCCCUGGGAGUGUCUGGAAGAAACCCUUGUCUGAUAAAUCUUCAACUCCUACCCCCAGCAAAACUUCAACAGCAUUCUGAGGGAGAAUGGAUAAACUGAGUCUGAAUGGAGGCAGCUGCCAAGUGGAACGUGACUCGAGCGAUAGUCUCAAAGCGACUCUGGAAAAUUGUUAGGCGAAUGAGUAGGGGAAAGAAUUCCUAAAGGCUUAGGAUGUUGUAGAGUUGGCUUGGCAUGCUUCUAAGUGGGAAGCAGUGGUUCCUGAGGAUGUGCUACAUCUAUCUCUCCAUCACUCUCCUCAGCCUCCAUGGGAAGGUUAAUGUUGGGAGAUUUCACCUGUUAGUUGAACCUCAGAUUAAAGAGGAACAAUGUGGUUCCUGGUCACAGAACGCUGAAUCAGCUUUUUGAGUUUAGGAGUUUGCCCACCCAGUCUACGUGCGUUUUGUGGACUUAGAGAAAGGAUUUGAUCUGGUCUCUCAGGUUUACCUAUAGGUGGCACUAUGGGAUUAUUGGGUGUUUGGCUUCUUGAGUCAAGCCAUUUGGUCACCUUAAGGCCUCCUUGUUAAUGGGAAGAAACUACCAGCAGAACCUGGUUCAAGGAGUGAUGUCAGUCUGCCUCAACCAGUUAGGGGUGAGGGGAAAGAACGACUGGUCAUGCACCUGGGGAAAGAACUUUGCUCACAAAACAAUUUUAAGGUCAAAGUAAGUGUUUGACUUGUGAAAUAAACAACUUUAUUCUCUACUUUUAUCCUCUAUCUUUAUCCUUCUCUCUCUCCUCUACCUUGUCCGGGGGAUCACCAUGGCAUUCCUAGUCCAGCCGAGACUUAUAAUUCCUCCAGUGUGUCCAGGGUCUCCCCCAUGGCCUCCUGCCUGUGGGACAUGCCCGGAACACCUCACCCAGGAGGUGGCCUGGAGGCAUCCUUAUCAGAUGUCCAAACCACCUUAACUGGGUUCUUUCAAUGUGAAGGAGCAGUGGCUCUGCUCUGAGGCCCUCCCGGAUGGCCAAACUCCACUAUCUCUAAGGGAGUAGCCAGCCACCCUUCGGAGGAAGCCCAUUUCUGCCGCUUGUAUCCAUGAUUUCAUUCUUUCGGUGACUAUCCACAGCUUGUGACCAUAGGUGAGGGCAGGGAGGUAAAUUUACUGGUAAAAAAAGCUUUUCUUUUACACUCGGCUGUCUCUUCACCACAACAGACCGGUGCAGCGUCCGCAUCACUGCAGCCACAGCACCAAUAUGUCUGUCAAUCUCCUGCUCCCUUCUACUGUCAGUCAGGAACAAGACCCCAAAAUACUUAAACUCCUCCACUUAGAACAGAAACGCAUCCGUGACCCAGAGUGGGCACUCCACCCUUUUCCAGCCAAGGACCAUGGCCUCAGAUUUGGAGGUGCUGAUUCUUAUCCCCACCUCUUCACACUCUGUGAACUGUUCCAGUGCGAGCUGGAGGCCAUCACCUGUUGAAGCCAACAGAUCCACAUCAUCUGCAAAAAGCAGAGAUGAGAUUCUGAGACCACCCAAGUGAAAGCCUUCCGCCACUUGGCUACGCCUAGAAAUUCAAUCCAUAAAAAUUACAAAUAGAAUCAGUGACAAAGGGCAGCCCUCACAGACUCCAUCAUGCACUGCAAACAAGUGUGACUUAUUGCUGGCUAUGCAGACCAAGCUCCUGCAACGGUUUUAUAAGGAUCAAAUAGCAAUGGGCAAGACACCCCAUACUCCUGAAGCACCUCCCACAGGACACUCUGAGGGACAUGGUCGAAUGCCUUCUCCAAGUCCACAAAGCACAUGUAGACUGGUUGGGCAAACUCCCAUGCUCCUUGAAGUAUCCUCGAGAGGAUAAAGAACUGGUUUGGUGUUCCAUGACCAGGACGAAAACUGUAUUGUUUUGCUAACAGACAGACUCUCAUUUUCAGCACACUGGCAUAGACUUUCCCAGGGAGGCUGAGGAGUGUGAUCCCCCUGUAGUUGGAACACACCCUCUGGUCCCCUUUCUUAAAGAUGGGAACCACCACCCUGGUCUGCCAAUCCAGAGGUACUGUCCCUAAUCUCCACGCAGCAUUGUUAAGGCAUGUCAAUCAAGACAGCCCUACAACAUCCAGAGCGUUCAGGAACCCAGGCCAAACCUCAUCCACCCCAGGGGCUCUGCCACCAAGGAAUUGUUUAACUACCUCAGUGACCUCACCCCCAGAGAUAGAUGAGUCGUCCCCCUCGUCCCCUGACUCUGCUUCCUCCGCAGAAGACAUGUCAGUGGGAUUAAGGAGGUCCUUGAAGUAUUUGAGGUUGCAGGUUGUUUAAUGAACUAGAUUAACUUCCCACCCCCUUGUAUUUGGCAAUAAAUUUUAAUCUCCUCAAAAUAUGUGAAAGGGGUUUUAAUGUUAUGAGUAACUUGCUUUAUUUUACUCGUAGUUUUUCAGACACAUCUAGUUGGAUGAGGUUUUUUGAUAACAUGAGACAGAGCACAUUUCAACCUCAUUUCCUGUGGCAAUAUGUCAGAUGUCAUUUAUAUUUUGUCUGACAUAAAAUACUUUCAGCUGGCUAAAUAAUUCAAAAUAAAUCGUUCUUGUUUUUCACAAAGUCUGACAUGGGGUCUUAGAUCAUAGUUGUUUCUAUGGCCUCUGGCUUGCAAAUAAACUUGACAGUCUAAACUUGAUCUUCUCCUCAAAUACUAAAUAAUACUUUAGAGUCUGGGACUGAGAUUUGCAAAAACUACUUGAGAGCAAAGAAGAAUAAAGAAUGCUGACUGUCAUGAAGGUUCCUCCACCUUAUCAUCUAACUUCCAGUGAACAAUGUCAUGCUAGUAGCCCACUAUAUAAGAACUCCUCUCUGACGCAGACCUAUAUCAACCACAGGUGAUUGUGCUACACUCUUCACAACAGGUACGGACACUGAGACAGUCAAGAUGAAGUUGCUGCUUGUUGUUUCUGCUGUUCUGGCUGUAGCCAGCUGUGCCAGCAUCUCUCUGGAAGAUCUGGAGUUUCACGCUUGGAAACUGAAAUUUGAAAAAUCAUAUGACUCUGAGUCAGAUGAGGCUCACCGGAAGCAGGUUUGGCUCAACAACCGCAAAUUUGUGCUAAUGCACAACAUCUUGGCAGACCAGGGUUUGAAGUCCUACCGCCUUGGGAUGACACACUUCGCUGAUAUGGACAAUGAAGAGUACAAACAGCUGGUUUCCCAGGGUUGCCUUCACACCUUCAAUGCUUCUCUGCCUGAGCGUGGCUCUGCCUUCCUUGGCCUGCCUGAAGGUACUGCUCUGCCCGACACUGUUGACUGGAGGGAUAAGGGAUAUGUCACUGAAGUCAAGGAUCAGAAGCAGUGUGGCUCCUGCUGGGCCUUCAGUACAACUGGUGUACUGGAGGGUCAGCACUUCAGGAAGACAGGGAAGCUGGUAUCUCUGAGUGAGCAGCAAUUAAUGGACUGCUCUCACAGCUUUGGCAACAAUGGCUGCAAUGGAGGAUCAGUGAAGCGGGCCCUUCAGUACAUCCAAGCCAAUGGAGGAAUUGACACUGAGACAUCCUACCCUUAUAAGGCUAAGGGUCAGCGAUGCCGUUACAAGCCUGAUGGUAUUGGUGCCAAAUGCACUGGCUAUGUUCAUGUCAAACCCAGUAAUGAAGAAACCCUGAAGAAAGCUGUGGCCACUCUCGGACCGAUAUCUGUUGGCAUUGAUGCUUCUCGUCAUUCAUUCCAAUUCUACCAAUCAGGAGUGUAUGAUGACCCCGACUGCAGCAAGACAGUGUUGGACCAUGGUGCGCUGGCUGUGGGUUAUGGUACAGAAAAUGGACAUGACUACUGGCUGAUCAAGAACAGCUGGGGUCUCAGAUGGGGAGACAAGGGAUACAUUAAGAUGAGCAGGAACAAAUCCAACCAGUGUGGGAUUGCUUCUGAAGCAAGCUACCCUCUAGUCUGAAGAGGUUGGAAGAAACCCGUCCUCAGUUUUUCCUUCUGAUUUUACAGAAAAUCUGGUUUGGCCACAAUUUCUUUCAGUCUUUUUAAGCGAGUUUUGUAACUAAACAUAAUUAUAUUUGUGGUGUUAAGAAGCUCUCUUUUCCUGCAAAGGUGUUUAAUGGAAUAAAUGUAUAAAUAAGGCAAAUACAUGUAAAAAUAAAUAAAUAAACUGUAAAACUGU